CAACGUCCUUGUUUGUAAAAAGGUUUAUACAAUUUGCUUUGCAGUUGUAUAAACUUUUUAUUAGUUUGCAGUGGCAUUUAUGGAAAAAUCAGCAUGUUUGAGAGACUGCAUCCUGCAUUUAUUUGGCAUUUUUGCAUAAAGGACAAUGGAUCAAAUUAAUUUUAUUUCAGAUUGCUUGUUGAAACCUGAUGCAUCUGGCCUAAGCUAUCACUGGAGGGAAGGAAUUAUUAUUUUUUGGGUUGUCCGUCUGUCCCAUUCUUGUGAAUGUGAUAUCUCAGGAACGCCUGGAAAGAAUUUCGUUACUCCUGGCAGAAACGUCCACUUGGACUCAAGGAUGAACUGAUUAGAAUUUGGUAGUCAAAGCUCAAAGUCACUGUGACAUCAUAGUGUUUUCAGUUCACUGUUCAAAACCAUUAGCCUGGAACAAGAGCACAGAUUGUAACCAUUGUUGACAUUAGUCUUGGGAGCCCAUCUUGAAACUGUGCUGGUUGUAUGGAUCUUCUAUUGUGCUGCAUUGAAGAUGUGUGUGAAGCAUGAGCAUUUUAGAAUUUGUGACUUGUUUGCAUUAACAUCCAUUUGAAGCAUUUUAGUCCACCCUAAGCUCAUUAGUUUUAACAAAAUUGAACUUCAGGUGGUUGUUAUCACACCAUGUGAUAAAGCCUUCUGUCAGUCCUCUGUAAAAUGAUCUCUAGGUAAAGGCAGCAUGUUUCUCACUGGAAAUGAUUCACUCGGCUCAUAUACAUCUAUACAGAGACUUCCAUUUUCCCAAAAAUUUGCUGAAUACCAUUUAUUAAAUUCCGUCAGAGUCUUCACUACAUAUAUGAGUCUGGACAGACAUCGAUGUUAACUGCAACUUGACUGGUUGACAGAGGCAUCCAACCUACAAGAUGGUUAUUCUAGUUACUUAUGCACUGCCACACACACACACAAAUAUGCUGCCUUUCUAGUUUGUUUUUAUGCCCCACCCAUCUUUAUGUCAAUGUUGAGAUAGUAGGCAAAACUGUUAUUUGCAAUUUAGAACAAACAUUCUAAGAAACCAGUAUCAUAACUUAAGCAAAGGCAAUGCAUGACCCAAAAAUGCUAACUCACACAAGGCCCACCACCAAAUGAUGGGGGAUUAAACUGAGAAUUUACACAACUUCAUGACUGUAUCAUUGUAGCAGUUGAGUAAUCGUUGAACUUGCAUGUGUGUAGAGGUUGGGUGGGUGUCAAGUAAAUCCUGAGGUCAUACUUGCCAUGUAUUUGCUCGUUGUGUCGUUACUGUGUGUGUUGGAAGAGGGCAGGGCUCAAGGCAGGGCGUUGUAUCUUUACCAGUAGCCCCAGUUACUUGGAACAAAAGCACUGUUGUUGAAAGGUCAUGUGACUCUGUGUGUUCCACCCUUGUCAUGUGAUCCGAGCUUAGGGCAGGGUCUGAGAAGUGCUGAGUUGCUGUGAGAGGUUUCUUCCACCCAGGGAACAGGCAGGCAGCGAGCAUGCAGGCAGAAAACGGAGAUGGACGACCCGACGGAUGGAUGGGUGGAUGUCGGACUGAGAAGACGUGUGGGAGAGAGUCAGGCAAAGAGGGAGAGAGAUGCAGAAAACAUCCUGUUGCUUUCUCUCACCAUGGCAAAACAGCAACAGCCUCGUUCUUUCAUUCUCCUCCUCGUCUCUUUGUGGAUUUUUAGGCAGCAGCCAAGUAAAAAUGCAAGCCUUCACAUUGAGUCACAUCAGUUUUUCUGUGGCAAGGGCCCUCUGUUUACCACACUGGCGGAGGCUGCCAGGCGGAGGUGCUGUGAUUGCUGAUCCCAAAGGAGCAUGAGUCAUGACCUCAGUGGUGCUGGUCGACGCUGGUGGGACGGUGGUGGAGUAUGUCACAGCUGAGGAGGACCCCCAGCAGGAAGGAGAGUGUGAGGAGGACCUGGAGCUUGAAGGAGAGGUUGAAGGCGAGUGUGAUGCUGAGGAGGCCUAUGAAGAAGUACAGGACAGACAGGAGACCGACAACUACCCAGCUGUUAUAGUGGAGGAAGUACCCGGUGCCAGCCUGACUGAGGAGCAGGGUUACUCGGCCCAGGUGUUGGUGUAUGAGGAUGAGGCCUACCUGAUGCAGGAAGUGGGAGAUGAGCAGGAGGUGGAGACAGAAGGGGAAGCAGUGGAGGCCUCUGUCCAUGGCACCAAUAUCCACUGCUCUGACAAGACCUUUGAGGCAGCAGAGGCUCUGCUGCGCAUGGAUUCACCUUCCAGCCUCAGAGAAGACCGUAGCCCAGAAGCUUUUGUCCCACCUUGCACAGCUACCCCAGACUUCCUUCAUGCUGCCAUGCGUCCUGACAUGAUUGCAGACACAGAGGUGGAGAUAUCGACUGAGGAAUGCUGUGAGGAAGAAGAUGAGGAGAUGGUCACUCUGCUUGAAGAGCCAGAACCAGAGGCCGGUCACGAGCCUGUCAGGAAGAGGAGAGCUGGACGGAAGCCAAAGACUCCUCAGUCUAUUUCCAAUGGCUCACCGGACCUCGGCAUCAAGAAGAAACCAAGAGAAGGGAAAGCAGGGAGCACCACCUACCUAUGGGAGUUUCUUUUAGACCUCCUCCAGGACAAGAACACCUGUCCCAGGUACAUCAAGUGGACCCAGAGGGAGAAGGGCAUCUUCAAGCUGGUUGACUCAAAGGCUGUGUCCAAGCUGUGGGGCAAACACAAGAACAAGCCAGACAUGAACUAUGAGACCAUGGGGCGGGCACUCAGAUACUACUACCAGCGUGGCAUCCUUGCCAAGGUAGAGGGCCAGCGGCUGGUUUACCAGUUCAAAGAGAUGCCCAAAAACAUAGUGAUCAUUGAUGACGACAAGGCAGACCUGCCUACCACUGAGGAUCUGAUCUCAGAGACCGCCGCAUCCUAUGAGCGUGUGCUGCCCUCGCCAGACAUGCUGCUGCAGACAGCCGAGCUGCCGUCUUCCAAGAAGCCCAACAUCCUGCGUGGCGGGAACAGGGCCAACGUGGUCCACGCUCCUGUCGCCAUGGGCAGCAAGACCGUGACAGGAAGUUGUGCAGCUGUGGCGGCAGGAGUACCAAGGAUAGUGUCUGUUUCAGCAGCACCUGAUGGCAGUCAGAACCAGCAGUCUCAUGCGGCUGUCAUUUCGAACACCAGUGGACCGAGGACGGUGCGUGUGGCUAUGCAGGUGCCCGUCGUCAUGACUACAUCGCUGGGUCAGAAGAUCUCCACUGUUGCCGUGCAGCAGCCUACGGGAACGGCGGGGGCAGCCGGCCACACCACCCUCCUCACCAACACUUCAGCCAUCAGUGCUGCUGCUGGUAACAGCAACACACAACAGAAGGUUGUGAUCCAGACUAUCCCCACCAUGGUCCCAGCUACAGCAGAGAACGGAGACAAGAUCACUGUCCAGCUGGCCAAGAUCAUCACAAUCCCAGCUCACCAGUUAGCCCAGUGUCAGCUGCAGACCUCCGCAGGCACAAACAAGCCCAGUGUCGCAACCUCCCCGACUGGCAUCAGCCUCCUCAGGAGCCCCCUGACGGUCCGGGCCUUGGCCCCCGUCAAUGUCGCCCCGGGAACGCAAGUGAUGAGGCUCACCGUACCGACACAGACGCAACAACAGACGCUAGUGGUUUCACAGCCAGGAAGCGGGGCAGGGGUUGUGACAGUAUCAACAGCUAAUCAGACGGUGACAACACAGCCUCGACUCAUAAGCGGCGUCAUUAAUGGCUCAGAGCUGGUCAUAGGAGCACCAGCAGGCGGAGCAGUGGAGAAGCUGAAGGCUGCAGGAGUCCAGGUCCAAGCUGUGCAAGUUCCGGUGAAAGUCCAGCAGAACCAGAUGAACCCCGAAAUUGUCCAGAAUGUCCAGUCAGAGGCUGUGGACGCUGAGGUGGUUAUCAAACUGGAAACACCUGAUGUGUCAAUAAAGACAGAAGAGCCUGAGUGUUGAAAUGCACACACCUCCCAAUAUCCAUCCUUUCCCUCACUGCCAGAAAGGGUUAGUCUGUACAUGUCUGGCAUCAUUUUUACUCUUGUAAUAACCAGCAGCAGUCUGUGAGACUUAAGAGACUCCUGAAGGCCAGUUUUUAGUCCUGCACCUGCCCUCACAUCCUCCCUGUUGCUGCCUAGAACUGAACUGAACUAAGCCCGUCUCCCUCAGAACCACACUGAAACCUCUCAGAGUGUUGUGUACUCUGCAACAAAGGAAUCCACACAGACUUUAACUGAACCUGUUGGGAAGGGUGAAGGGACCAACCUUGAUCACUACAAUUCAUGCCUUCUGAACGGAUCGCUAUCACUGACUCAAAAUGGAGAGAACAUUGAAAAUACAAAAAGCUGAAACACUACAGAAAGAGGCGUAUAAUUACAACUAACCAAAAUGUGAACUCUUGAAUAAAACAAAAAAAAGACAUGAUGGGUGGGUGGGUGGGUUUAACAAGGUUUUUGUAGAGACCAUUUGUUGAUAAUUUUGCCUCGACAGAAGCUAAAACCAGCAACUUAUCCUUUUCUUUUUUAUACUUGCAUCACUGUGCAGAUCAAGUGUGGCUGGUGCUACGUAGAUCCUAAAUGAGUGAGAGAAAGAGAGAUGAAAGUGGAGCUGCGAGAUGCUGUAAGAAGGACCGAUAUCAGACGGACAGAAUAUGGUCAUGUAUGUACAUAUAUAAAUAUAUUAUCUACUAUACAGUUUACGGAGCUAAAGUUAACAGAACAGCCUUAGAUUUUAAUUUUGACUUUCUUUUUCUUGUAUUGUCUGAACAGUAAACGGGCGUCGUUUUUGUGUUUUGAUACCUUGUACCAAGCACAGUAUUAUUGAAAAUAUGGGAAUUAAUAUUAGUAUUAUUAGUUCCUUUGUCAAGCUGUUCAAUGCUUAUAGAUUGACUCCUACUGAAGAAACAGCGACAUGUUGUAGAUCAGUGGCCAGAUUGCUUGCAGUGUGUCCUCCAGCGUCUAGGAAAAUCUCUAGAGUUGAAUUUCAGAUUUAUUUGACAAAAGGAUCUUGGUUAUUAUGCAGUUCUUUUAAUUUUUGACAGAUGUUUGAUCUUUUCACAUCCCUACACAGUUUGGCUGUGUGGAAAUGCAAAGAAAUGUUACCCCCGAGCUGAUGCAUGAGUUCGUAGCUGUGCCAUGUCUUUAAAAAAAAAAGUCCAAAUAGAAAAAGGAAUGUAUGUAAAGUCUGAUCAUUAUUUUUAAUUAUUACAAGAGAGGCAUUGGAAAUCACGUUUAAUCAAGUUUAUGCAUAAUGGCUGUGAGAAAUAUCAAACCACUGUGGAUCCCAGGUCACUUUACUUCUGGUUUAAAACAGAGGCUCAAUUUGCCAGCAAAGUUUUCUUUUGUUUUAUUGCCAUUUUGGCCCUACUCGUAUACAUUUUUUUUAAUCUAAAAAGAGGUAAAACAGAAAGAAAGGUGUUUGUGUUCAGACCGAACUGUUUGUAUAUUCAACAUUUGAAGUAUAUUCUAUUUUGCUGUACUCUUGUUUCAAAGUGUAUUAGAUUUUACUGAAAUAUAAAAAGACAUUUGAAACCUG